AUGUCCGAGCCAAGCUUUCCCGUGCCAACAUCGUUUCAAGUGCCCAAUGAUGGUAGCCAAGAGGAAGAGAAGAAAGCAGGUUACGUCAACUAUGAAGUAGAGCCUGGCUUCACCAUUCGUCUACGUCAGAAUAUCGACCCUGCCAUGGACCCAAAGAAGCUUAGACGCAUAGUUUCGAACCGUGUUUCGGCUCAGAAGUCAAGGUUGAAGAAGCUUCAAUAUCUUGAUGGUCUAGUGCAGAAAGCGAGGGACCUCCAUUGGCAGGUGAGUAUGUUGCGUUCCCAAGUAGAGAUGGUGAGUAUGCAGAAGAGAUGUCUAGAACGUGAGCAAAUGGAGCUUAAGGAGUGUAUUUCUGGCUGGCUUCAACGUUAUAUCUCCACUCAAGGAGAGAUUGAGGCCAACACAGCGGAGAUAGAGAGGCUGAAGAUGAAAAUGGCUCAUAUGAUUUGA